GUCCGCCAAUGAAAGCAGUCAACGAACGGGGGCUGCCUGCGUGAAGGAAAACGGGGGAAGCUCGGACAAGAACCGGCUGGGCUGUUGUCGGAAACUCAGCAUGCUACAGUAUAAAUGCUGAGCCUGGAGCCGAAAUACUCGCAUUUACUUCCCGCACGGCGACGGUUGACGGCCACACCCCGUUUUUUUUUUUAACCGCCCCAGAGCUCGCGGAGAAGUGCUGGCGGCUGCGGUUUGAACGCCAGCAGGGGCGGCUAGCGGGUUCAACAGCGGAGAGGAAGCGGGAGUGUCGGCUGCCUCGAGAGAGAGAGCCAUGAGAGAGUACAAAGUGGUGGUUCUCGGGUCCGGCGGGGUCGGGAAAUCCGCGCUCACCGUCCAGUUCGUCACCGGCUCCUUCAUCGAGAAAUACGACCCUACGAUAGAGGAUUUCUACCGAAAGGAGAUCGAAGUGGACUCGUCUCCGUCCGUGCUGGAGAUCCUGGACACGGCGGGGACCGAGCAGUUCGCCUCCAUGCGAGACCUCUACAUCAAAAACGGACAGGGCUUCAUCUUGGUCUACAGUCUGGUGAACCAGCAGAGCUUCCAGGACAUCAAGCCCAUGAGGGACCAGAUCAUUCGGGUCAAAAGGUACGAGCGGGUGCCGAUGAUCCUGGUCGGAAACAAAGUGGACCUGGAGGGCGAGAGGGAGGUCUCGUCCGGCGAGGGGAAAGCUCUGGCGGACGAGUGGAACUGCCCGUUCAUGGAAACCUCAGCCAAAAAUAAAACGUCGGUGGACGAGCUGUUUGCAGAGAUUGUCCGACAGAUGAACUAUGCCAACACACCAAAUGGCGACGACAAGUGCUGCUCGGCUUGUGUGAUUCUUUAAGAAAAAACAAAACAAAAACAGGACAAUCAUAAAGUUUUAUUCUCUACUCGUGUGUUGCAGCGAGUCUGUACUGUGGAGCUCGUCUUCGUGUCUCACCCUGGCCUUGGAGAAAAUUGAGGGGAGGAACGCUGCAGGGGACAGGAGCAGGUGGAAAAGGAGGAGGAGGAGGGGAGCGGCGGAGGGGAGGGUCCCACUCUUCAGGAAUUCUGCUGGGUCGGAGUUUCUGCACAAUCAAAACGUCCGCCGUCGAUGUCAGCGUAGAGUCGGAUCGAGAGUUUCAGAAAUCCCAACCCUGCUUUCUGACCGGAACUAAACCUCCUAGCGGAAAACAAAAACAAAAAAGAUAUACUUAAGAGGAACUCGUAAAAUGGGUAUUUCUGUAUGUGAAGAAGACAGGGAGAUAGAAUAUAUAUUUUGUUAAAUGACUGCACAGAGGACAACAUUUUUUAUUUUUAGGGGGGUUUUUUUUGAGGAGAAAUGCUCUACGACACUCCAAAUCCUAUGUUUUCUCUUCUUUUCCAAAGUCAAAAGAAAACCACGUACCUGCCGGUGGAGUAUACGCGACGAGUGCCACUCUUUUCUUUUUCUUUCGUCUUUCCCUCCACACUAGCCGAAGCGCCAUGGAGACGCUGACCUGAUCGCCCAUCGUGUCGAGUGCCUUUCCGAAACAAAUCAGCUGUUCAGAUUUUGUGCCAACCUGUACACGCAUCACCAAAAGAACCCUGUCGACAUGGCCAUUCACAAGCUUGUGAACUCUUCUUCGGGAUGAUUAUGUAAACCUGAUUAACGACAGCAGGUCUUAUUUUUGUUGUUAGUAGAAAAAAAAAACGGUGGAAUUCUGUUUGUAUUAUGUUGGCCGCCGCCUUUUUUUUGUUUUCUUUUUUUUGUUUUUUUUCCAUGUGACGAUUUGCAUCCUUCGGCGUCGGCUCGGUCUGGCCAGAUUUCUUUACUGUUGAAAUGCACAGGUACUGAAACCAACCUCGGUGUCGUAACAAUGCACAACACUUAAAACUUUCGUUUACUCAAAGGAAUCCCGUUUGUUCUGUUUUUUUUUGUUGUUUUUUUUUUUGAUGAUGUUAUUGUUGUUUUCAAACAGGAAAUGUGAAGAUGUACCAUUGACGAAUCUAAACCGAUUGUAAGUUUAAUUUCAAAUCAGCCAUACGACAGUCGGCUGUUUUAAAGACAAUUCUUUUAAUACAAUUUACAUUUAAAAAAAAAAAAGAAUUGAGACUGCUUU